GAAGGAAUGAAUUCAACAUCACAUAUCCCUGAUAGGCAAAUUGUUCUAAGUACUGGAGAAAAUCCAGAUGUCAUUCGACCAAAUAAUAAUGGUUGGAGCAUUGAUGUAAUGAAAAUUCCAACUGCAUCUGUGGAGAUUAAACUUGGAUACAUUCUCACAAAAGGUGCAAUAUUGAGAUUGCCUAAACAUGAUAAUGUUUAUCAAUAUGAAGUGACAACACUUACAUCUAACAUGACAAAGUUAGAUACUAAGACCCGUCUUGCUAAUUCAAGUGUUUCCAUUCCAAGUGGAACAGAAGCCAGAUCGAUUUUGAUUAAAUUUAAACCUUCAAGUUAUAAAAACAUGAAAAUCACUUUGUCCUUGAAAGGUUGCCUAAUGAAAGUUAUUCCUGUUGAUUUUGAAACACCUUACCAAGGCUUAUCAUAUUGCAAACACAUGUGUCAAGUUUGAAAAUACCAAUGGUUUCUUGAGAUUAACAACGCCACCAACUCUGAUGAGGUUCUUUCCAUUAAACUCAAAUAUUGCAACACAGAACAUGCUCCUAUACUCACUAAACUCAUCAGUCUUUCACUUUCUACCAAAAUCUAUCCUGAUUUUUGCAUACACACAACAGUGUGUCCCAUUUCUAAGAAAGCAUCCCUCUAAUCCUGCCAACCACAUUGGACAGAAUUUGAGGAAAAAUUGACUAUUUCGGUACAGUUCAUAGUG